CGCGUCGCGUCGCGUCUCUCUGAAUGGCGACACAACUGGUUUCAAAGGCGGAGCGUGCAUACAUCCAAGCUUCUCUGCAGGCCACGCCUCCGUUACGCGCAGAUGGACGCGGUCUUCUCGAUUUCCGGACUGUCUUGCUAGAAACUGGCGUCGCGCCCCUAGCAAACGGCAGCGCGAGGCUCAAUAUCGGAAAGAUGGCACACGAAGGCGGAGGCGGGACCGAGGUGCUCGCCGCAACCAAGCUGGAGGUAGAGGACAUGGAGACUGGGGACGGCGUCGACGGCGGGAGGGUAGUAUGCUCGGUUUCGUGCUCUCCUUCGGCAUAUUCGCAUCUGUCCUCGAAUGCGUUGGACGAGCUCCAACACGACCUCACCGUGAUCCUGCAACAAACGAUCAGCCACCCUUCUCUGCACCCUCAAAACCUGACCAUCAUCCCUCGAAAAAAGUCAUGGCUCCUCAACCUGGACGCAGUAAUUUUGGCGGACGCGGGAAAUGCAGUUGACGCGCUGUUCAUGGCUGCUCGCGCCGCACUAUGGGAUACCAAGGUACCGCGCACGCGGGCCGUGGAGUACAAUGCUCCAGAAGCGUCUCAAGUGGCGAGGGACAGUGCUGGCGCAAUGGACGUCGAUAACAGGGAGGCCAUUCCAGCAGUAAGCGGCUUCGAUACACGGGAGAUGGUCAGGACGGCUGCCGACUUCGAGCUUCCUGAUUAUUGGGACGAAGGCGAGGUGCUGCAGGGUCAAGAAAAGUGGCCUGUAUGCGUGACCUUGAACCUUCUGCCGCCGACGCAUUUUCUUGACGCAACGCAACCAGAAGAAGCAUCCGCGCCAUUACGGGUUCACCUGAUGUUCUCAUUUGCUUCUGCAACCUCGCCUAAGUUGCAUUCUCUGCGACUAUCAGGACCUGGAGAAUUGGAGUUGACGCAAGUGAAGUCCUAUAUUGCGGAUGGCGAGAAGUACGCGCGGGAAUUGUACAACGCGCUAGAAACCAAGCUGCGCGAAGAAGACGUCAGGCGUAAUGUCAAGGCAAGAGAUAGGUUUGCCCUGCGAUGA